GUACGAACGGGGAUGAGCAGCGCCACGCACACCAGCCUGUUGUCCAAUCAAGGAUCUAAUAGAUUGGUCCGAUGAGAAACCGGAACAGCACUGCAAUUUUAGUCUCUGGGGGCUCCGAGUGUCAAGACAGGUCGGACCUUGCAUGAGAGACAUCAAGCCUCACAUGCAAAAAGAUAGAGGCAGAGAGGCAGACAGGCACAAGGAAACGAUGAACCUCGAAGAAACCUCGAAACUCCCUUCUAGCCUUCAGAUCAGCGGGACUAGGAACGACUAUCUCUUAGUUCAGAGUGAAAAAUGCAACAACAUCUUGAAAUAGAACUCGGUGAAAAGAGAGCUUGCCGCCUCGAUCAACGACACCGAGACGCUGGACUCCGAAAAAAGAAAUUGGUCUGGAGUCGGUAACAUCGCAGCUGUACUGAGUUAUUCGCUCUUUGAGGAACAUCUCGGCACAAUCGAACGACUCCAUCAGUGGACAAUCGUACGAACUUUAGCGCAGCACAGCCCCAGCCCCGUUCGCUGCUUCAGCGAGCUGCACCAUGAUGCAAAGCUUGCAAAGAGCACUGCAUGGCCUCAGUGGUUCGGGAGACGAUGGAACAACUCCUGCAUCAUGCAGGCUGUUGGAUCGUCGUGAAAAGGUCCCGUAGGGCUGGCCUCUCGUGAGGGAUUUCCU